AUGGCUGCUGAUAGUGAAGCUCCAUUGUCAACAACAGGAAUACCACCCCCUGCAUAUGAAGAUGUGAGAUUUGAAGAGGGGACAACUUCAGAGGGAGCCACUGCCCGUCCAGAUUAUCAACAGAAUCAGUCAUCUGCUACGGCAAGUCUUUACAUUGCUGAGAAGUAUUCAUUCCUAUAUUUCAUAUUUCAGAAUGAGGAUGAUGAGUCCAUCCCACCACCUAAGGUUGACUGUACAGCUCCUCCUACCUAUGAGGUAGCAACAUCUCUGCCUUCAUACGAUGAAGUGAGGCGACAGAAGUAUUUUGAGGAACAUCCUCAGGCUGCAAAUGCCCGAUAUCCACCAUACUGGAGGACUUUUCUUCAUGUGGAUUUGGAUGGAGCUACUGAGCAGGAUGAGGCUUUAUUGGGGACUGACUUCAUCUUUUUUGCCUCAUUUUUUGUGGCAUUCCUCUUCAAUUGGGUGGGCUUCUUGCUCCUCAUCUGCUUCUGUCAGACAAUCGCUGGUCGUUAUGGAGCCCUGGCAGGAUUUGGCCUUUCCUUGGCCAAGUGGACCCUCAUAGUCAAGCAUUCCACUGACCUUGUGAAUCAUGAGAACAACUGGCUCUGGUGGCUUAUCAUGGCUUUUGGCUUGCUGAUUUGUCUGCGAGCCAUUUUUCAAUAUAUCAGCAUCAAGAGGGAGUGGCAUGUUCUCACUCGUGCUGCCCAAGAAAGGCUCCUUUUCUUCUACUGAAAGAUCACCUUUUCAGCAACACCAUUUCCCUUCAGCUUCCCCAAACUUUGUGGGCUUUUCUUCUUUGCUAUUGGGAUUCCUAGAUAUUUCCACACAAUGUAUAGAGAAAUAAUAAGUGUCCCCAUACUGUUUCGAUUCCAUAUAUAUCUAUUUUUCUGUGAAAGCCCUGAUCUAGUCGUUGGCUGUGUUUUUCGUACAUGAGGAAGCAAUGAAAGGUGAGAAUCACAAUGCCGAUUCCUCUCUGAUAAUCCUUUGCACAUAUGUGAGAUUCCUGUACUCAGAUGUUGCACCAUCAGGCCUGAUUUGUUUGAAGAUGGUUACCAAUGAUCAAAGGCUUUUGUCCUUAUGUUCACAUGUGGUUUUGGGGUAGUUUUCAAAAGAAUAAAUACAGCACUAAAGUACUCAAGUUUCUGUAUUUCAUUAGCCAUUCUGCAAAGUGCUGUGCUUCAACC